UUUCUGGCACGAAAAUGUUCUUACCGUUAAACAGUGCUGUGAAAUUGGGCCCUGGUUGUAAUGACAUGUUAGUCAUGCUUUAAAGCCCUCCCCCUCCCCAAGCAAGCAUGUAAGAGAGAUAAAAAUAAAGAUUUUUCAUUUCAGCUUUUGCACUUGCAGGAAAAACUGACGGCACAUGUGUAUAAUGAAGUGAUAUUGACCACAUUGUAGCAUAGCCACUUCCAUCUAGAGCAAGCAACUACUAUCACAUACAGAUGGAUUCGAUGAUGAUGUCCGAUGAUCCUUCUUCGGAGUCGGACACUCGCUAUGAAAUGGGUGUAUCCCACAAUACUACAGUAUAUGCAGUGGGGGGCCCAGCCACCACACCACCUUCGUUAUCCAACUUUACCCUACCAGAUCCCUCCAGCGUCCCCCCUGUCAUUGACGAUACAGACAGGGGGCAGCAGACUGACACGUUAGCAAGCAACAUAGAAGAAGUAACCCAAGCGAUUGAGGGCGAACACGCCGACCUUUUAACGGGACCGGAGAGAGAGUCAAAAACAUAUGGAAGGUUUAAGAACUGUGACAUCUGUCAAGUCGUUAUGAAUUCCGCGGCGCAGGCCGAAAUGCAUUAUGGUGGUAAGACGCAUCAGAAGAAGUUGAGGCGUAUAGCUGAGAUGAAGGCGGACUCCGACACUGAUGAAAUAUUGUCCUCUGGCUUCAGUAUCUUGCCAUCUACGAGCAGUACAGCCAAGGGUCUGACCAUGCCUCACUGUGACAUCUGUGGGCUGACCUUCACCGCCAUGUCCCAGGCCAAGAUGCACUUGAGCGGGGUGCGUCAUGCUAAGAAACUCCGCCAGUUAAACCUGAGUGCUAAGGAGGAGAUUGCCGUUCCAUCAGUGCCUUUAACUCUGCCUCUUUGUUGCAAUUCUGUCCCGUUCACAGAAUCCAUUGGAUCAACACAGAAAGAAAAAGAAGCCCUUGUGUGCACUAUCUGUGAAACAAUCUGCACCUCUUGGUUACAACUUGAGCAACACCGUCAAGGAAGUAAACACAAGAGUGUAGUAGAUGCUGUUAUAAGUGCUGAGGGAAGCCGCCUCGCAGCGUCAUCGUCCAAUGUGAAUUCUGAACCCGAAACCAACUUUGCCUGUGCUUCCUGUAAUGUCUCGACCAACUCCGAGCAGCAGUAUCUUCAGCACAUGGGAAGUCAGAGGCACAGAAACAAGCUGUUGCAUAAUGAAAGAGAGAGUAACCGUCAUCGACCCUAUCCUACGAAACAAGAUGCUUUACAAAAGAAGUUGACAAGCAGCAAUGUCAACUUCCAACAAAAUGAGAAGAGCAGCAAUACCUACAAAGCAUUAUUGGGAGUGAACACACGGAACAGGAAGGUCCCUUACGGAGCACGCUACAACAAUUCACGUGGCCAGGGCAGAAACUUCACAGAAUCCCGUACAUUUUACCGAGAGGCUGCAUCUACUAUGGGGAUAGGCCGUAACAACUCACCUUAUCAACAAACAAGAUACUUUGCUGGAUCGGGCCGUGGCAACUCACUAAGCCAACAAUGCAGGUUACCAGCUAACCGGGACCAAUCCGACGAAGACAUCUACAUCCACAAUGAUCCGUCAGCGGUGUUUCCAAAUCAAGACAAAUGGUACGGACAUGAUGACGGAGGGCCAAACAUGACCAACUCUGCUAUAGGAGACAAUGGCGGUGGCAAUGACGCCAACAACUUUGAUGACAGUCGGGUUUACUCGUCGGCCAAUCACAUGAAGCUAGGGUUCGGUAAGGGCAGUGGUUGGCGCGACAACCCAUCUUGGUGAUAGUGAAUCUGUAAUCAAUUCGUUUCAAUUCGUUUCCGUUUACUGUGAAUACUAUUUAUCAUUGCUACUUCAAUCACCGUCAUAUUCCCUGUAUUCAGCAGCUGCUGCUUUAAUAAUGAGUUUCUAGUAAAGGUACCAGACUAUUUCCCCUCUCAGCCUCGGUUUGGUUGCAUUGUUUUGAGAAUAGACAGGCUAGUCUAAAGGCAGUGGACACUAUUGGUAAUUACUCCAAAUAAUUAUCAUCAUAAUACCUUUCUUGAUUACGAGUAAU